CCGAAGCUUAGGAAUUUAUAAAUUUGAGGAUAUAAUUAGGAAUAUCCAUGUUAAAUUAUGGAGCAAAUCAAUGAAGAUUCGGGCAUCAUGAUUAUAUGAUCAAGUUGUAGUGGGAUAGCCAAAAAGUAAGACGAUUUGGAGGGUAGAGUAAUUGUGAAAAAUCAUCAGAGCCGUAGAAAUGGGAGAGGUGUGCAGUGGGGUGGAGCACAGCGUAGCACUACCCAUCUGGAACACUAGCUAUCAAGACACUUUGAUUAGAGGACAGCACCAAAAAAGGGCCAAUUCAGUCAGACCAACGUGUCACCUUCCUCGCUCUCUCUCUCUCCUCCGCCACUUGUCCUUUCCAAGUACCCUCUCUCUCUAUGUGUCUGUGGACGAGGUCUUUUUCGUCAUUCUCUUACUUUACUUCCCCCCGUCUUCCGACCUCCGCUCUCUCUCUCUCCCGUCUUCUGCUACCUCUCUCUCUCUCUCUGCAAUGUCUCCUUUUCACCUUUCUUUUGGGCUAUUUUAUUGACUUCGCCACUUGUCUGAUUCAUCUCUUCCUUUUUGCUCAUUGUGGAUUGAUUGAUUGCGGACUUUCCUCAGUAUUAAAAUCUUGAAGCUUCAUCCUCAUCCUCUCCUCUUUCAUGAAUCUUUCUCAACUGGGCCGCAGGUUAACUUCCUUGUUUGUAGGUUGAAAAUCAUUCAAAAAAAAAAAAAAUCAAAUCUUGGCGUUAAUAUGCAGUCAAACAUAACAAUUUUGCAUAUGCGGUCGCAUGAGUUGGAUGAUGGAGUGCUCGAAUAUGUGUACAGCUAAAGAGCUAUAUAUGGGGGAUAAAGGCGACAGAAAAAAAACAUUGGAAAUGGAGAAUCUAUCUCUAGAUAUUUCGGCAAAGAGGUUUUCUAGAGACUUGUUGCAGAGGUUCAUGGGCAGCGGCAGCGAGCGCGGCGGCGCCAGAGAUGAAGAUGAAGAAGAAGAGGAGGAGAUUGAGUUGAAUCUUGGGUUGUCAAUGGGGGGGAGAUUCGGGGUGGACAAGAAGUUGGUGCGCUCUUCCUCGAUAGCAAGCUGCCUGCCUGUGGUGAGGGACGAUAAUGACGCCACGGCGGCGCACGGCGGCCUCGCGAGGACCGCUUCGCUGCCGGUGGAGACGGAGGAGGAGUGGAGGAAGAGGAAGGAGCUGCAGACUCUGAGGAGAAUGGAAGCCAAGCGGAGGAGGUCCGAGAAGCAGAGGAGUUUGAGGAGCGAGAGAGAAGGUGCCGGCGGCGGCGGAAGUGGGAACUUGAGCUUGAGUGUGGAGGAUAAAAAGGAAAUCGAGAUGAAUCUGAGGGCGAGGUUGGACAGAGAGAAGGCUCUAAAGAGGUCGGGAUCUUCGCAAUUGGGGAAAGGAAAGGCAAGUUAUGGCGGCGGCGGCCAGGGCUCCGUCGAAUCCAAAGGGGGCAGCUCCUCUACCAUAUCGGAGAAUUUACAAGGAUCCAGUGGCGAGCUGAGCCCAGGCAGCAUCCAAUCUGCAGCAGGCAGUCAGGAUAUCGUAGGCUCGUCUGCAGCAAAAGCACGAGAAACCACCACGAGCAAAGCUGACAUGGAGAGUCCAUCAUCUAAAACCCCAAGAGCCCGAGGCAGGGGAGUCGGGGCAGAGGACAUGCCUUGCGUUUUUACAAAGGGAGACGGGCCUAACGGGAGGAGGGUGGACGGGAUACUGUACAAAUACGGUAAGGGCGAGGAUGUUAGAAUAAUGUGCAUAUGCCACGGCACCUUCCACUCUCCGGCAGAGUUCAUCGUGCACGCAGGUGGCACCGAUGUACACAACCCGCUCAAGCACAUCGUAGUAAACCCUAAUGCUUCUUCAAUGGUGUGAUGUUCAAAUUUAGGGGUGAAUUCCUGUCAGCAUUCAUAGAGUAGCGGCUUUUCUUUUCCUUUUCAUGAGUUCUUGGAUUUCAUUUAUGACUAUGUGGAACAAUUGUUUCCAUGGGGUAUCAAAUCAUACAAGAAAAAAUGCAGAAAAUUUUUGGUUUCA